CGGCCACAUUCUUUUUGGCACGGAGAUUAAGAAAUGUGUAGUUAGUGUUUAAGUUAGUGGGGUCCCUUUCCAUUUGACUUUUCCAUGAUACUUAAUUGAAAUUUUAAUCCCAACCAACUUUACAACUACUUUUUUUUUAUUUUCAAUUAAUUUAUUUUAGAUCAUUAAUUUAAAAAAACUGUAAACUCUAUGAUUACUCAAAAAAUUAAAUAUGUGGCAGUUUGUGAUUCCUUUUCAUUAAUCAAGGUAAACUCAAAUUAAUGAAGUAAUGAGUGGACGGCUGUUCCAUUUAAAUAAUGAGAAUUCAACACAAUCUAAUGAAAAAAAAAAAAGUGCAAAACAGACAAGGAAUAGAAAAAGGCGGCAGCCUAAAUUAUUGCCUCCAAAUAAUUUCAUUUCACAACAUUUCAACACAUUUUCAGUUUCCCACCAAAUUCUCGUCUAUAAAUAUGCCAUCAUUUGGCAGUUGAAUCAAAUCAACUGCAUCUCCAAAAAAAACCAAAAAACUCCCAAAAUAUGGUGAGCAAAAACCUAUCUAAUCAAGAUAGAAACAAAAUAGUGCAGUUUCUUUUAGCCAAUUUGAAGAAUGGCAAGCCUAGCUAUGGAGUCAUGAAGGAGGCUGCCACAAUCUUCAAUUCCUCCCAACGCAACAUUACUCGUCUUUGGGCAGCUGCGAAGAAACAAAAAGAAAGUGGUCAGCAAAUAUAUCUAUCAAGUGCGAAACCAGGAGCAGCUAGAAGAAAAAGAGUUACUGUCGAUAUAGAGCUAAUUCAAAGCCUAGAGCUACACAAAAGAUCAACUAUUCGACGACUUGCAGUGGGGAUUAAUCAAAGCAAAAGCACCGUUUGGAGGUGGGUAAACAAGGGGCUGAUCAGAGCGCAUUCAAGCGCUAUUAAGCCUGAUCUCACAGCCCCAAACAAGUUGCUGCGACUACGCUUUUCAUUAGAGGCGUUGGAAUUUGAUCGCAUUAUGUUGGCUUUGAAGUUUAAGGCUAUGGACAACACCAUUCACAUAGAUGAAAAGUGGUUCUACAUCACAAAGACAGCACAUCGAUUCUACCUAACACCGGCUGAGGGAGAUCCUCACCGCACAUGCAAGAGCAAGAGUUUCAUAAAGAAGGUAAUGUUCGUGUGUGCCGUUUGUAGGCCAAUAUUUUCAGAUGCGGGGGAAUGCUUAUUUGAUGGGAAGAUUGGAAUCUUCCCAUUGACGGAACAAGUUCCUGCCAAGAGGAACAGCAAGAACAGACCCGCCGGCACAAUGGAAACGAAACCUAUUCAGUCCAUCACCAUGCAGGUGAUGAAAGAGUGCUUCAUAAACAAGCUAGUUCCAGCCAUAAUUGCAAAAUGGCCUAACUUUGCAAGUAAACUGAUCUUUAUUCAGCAAGAUAACGCGAAACCCCAUAUAAAGGACUCAGACCCCGAUUUUAGGGCUGCAGCCACUGCUCAAGGGUUCGAUAUAAGAAUAGUUCAACAACCACCAAACAGUCCAGACACAAACGUGAACGACUUGGGAUGGUUUCGAGCUAUUCAAAGCAUUCAAACUGAAUCUGCAUGCUACAACUGUGAUGAUCUUGUCAAGGCAGUUGAGGAAUCGUUUGCACAGCUAUCUCCUCAUACACUAAACAAAGUUUUUCUAAGUUUGCAAUCAUGUAUGGUGGAGAUUAUGAAACAGAGGGGCCAUAAUGCAUACAAGAUCCCACACAUGGGGAAGGAUGCAUUAAUGAGAGCAAACCAACUGCCAAGGGACUUGGAAGUGCCUAAGGAAUUGGUGGAAGAGUGCAUGAAGUACAUGAAUGAAAACGGGGGAAUGCAUUUGGUGCAAGAGCUUGUGGAGAAGUUACAAUAUCCAUUUCCACAGCAGGGGCUACUAACUGAAUUCCUACAGUUAGGAAUAUAGGGCUGGUAGAUUUCUUUUGUUAAAAAACAGAUGAUGCAUUUUGUAAAGGAAAGGUUUUAGUUUGCAAAUCAGUGCCUACAUCAAUGAUGAUGUAUUUUGUAAAGGAUUGUUUUUUGCCUAUUUUGAAUGACUGAAUAUAUGCAGCCUAUUUUGCAUCAA